AUGACGAGCCAGACCCGACAGAAGGCUUGGAUCCGGGAGUGGAUUUUCGUUCAAGAAGGUUUCCAAAUAAAAAGAAAUUACACCGAAGAUUUGGAGAAGCUCUUCCAAUGCGCAUGUCAAACCGUCGAUUUUAAUGAGGACCGGGACAACGCAAUUCGCAGUGUCAACGCGUUUGUCGAAGCUCAUACGAAAGACAACGUGCACGAUCUCUUGUUGCCAGUGGAUGUGAUACCGUACCGUACCAAAGUGAUUUUGGUCAACGCAUUGUACUUCAGAGCUUGCUGGGAGCAGCAGUUCAGUCCGAGUAAAACGUCACUAAAACCGUUCACAACCGCCGAAGGAAUUUCAGUUCCAGUGGAAACGAUGCAUAAAAAGUUCAUUAACUAUAAAUAUCACGAGAGCAAGGAACUGGGCGGAGCUAUGUUCCUGGAAUUACCUUUUACGUCGAAAUACUGCAGCGCGGUGUUUAUUCUGCCGGGGAAGAAGAAAGUGGAGAAACACUACCAACUGCCGUGGAAAAAGAAGCACGAAGAACCUGCAUCUCCCGAUCAAGGCUUGGCUGAACUGAUUAAUAUGCUGACCGCGGAAAAGCUUAACCACGCACUGGAGCAGUUGUCCUGUGCGCUCGUAACGGUGCAACUGCCACGCUUCCGUGUAGAACAGAGUGUGGAUAUGAAACACAUGCUGAUCGCGCUGGGCAUGCCGACAGCGUUUGAUGAACGAAAAGCAGACUUUUCCGGCAUCUGCAAUCUGUUCCACGAUCGACUGCAUAUUCAUGCGGUGAAACAGAAGGCCUGCAUUGAUUUGAACGAAGAAGGAAUGGAAGCAUCGGUCUCAACAGUGGUAGUAUUAAGCAAUAUGGGAGGUUAUGAUGCAGCCGAAUUUAUUGCCGAUCGGCCUUUCCUCUUCCUCAUUCGACAUGUCGCUACCGAUACGAUUUUGUUUAUGGGCCAUGUCUCCGAUCCCUCGGUGUAA